AUGUCAUAUUAUAUAGGAGUGAUCCCCACUAUGCUCAAGGUUACGCUUGAAGACUUGCCCCGAGACGGUGAUUCAUGUCUUCUAGACUUCAUUUCUGACGACGAGUAUGAUGAGGAGGAGGUUUUGCGCAAAUGUUCAGAACGCGAGGAACUCAUCACGCUUGCUGAUGGUUUUCCAGAAACUAUCAUAUUUGUGGGUCUUCCUAUUGUAGGAAGAGAAAAGUAUAACAGAUUAGUAGAGGUUGUAAAUAGGUCACUGAACAAAGAUUUUGCGGCCAAACAGUUGAGGCUUAGUCAGCCCUUUACCCUCGAAAUACCACAGGACGAUAAUGGCCAGACACAAGGCGUGGGAUUCAUCACAUGUGCCAAAGCUGAUGAGGCAAUACGAAUUUUACCUCAUGUAAAAGGUUUCAGAUUGGAUGCCUCUCACACUUUUAACGCCGUGAUGAUUGAUAAUUAUGACUUCAUCAUUUCCAAUCAAAAUACAUGCAAAUCUCCAUUGACAAAUUUCGGAUUCACUAGGGAAGAAUUUAGGAUGUGGCUAUUAGAUCCCAAGAGCAGGGAACAAUUUGUCAUUCGAUACCAAGAUGAAACUGAGAUUCACUGGUGGGAUCCAGUGGAACGGGAGCCAAUUAUGCAUUACGAUGGUAGUCGUGAAAGGGCUGAAGGGAAACGACUAUGGACAGAUUCCCGAGUACAGUGGAGUAAUCAUGGUCUUUACCUCGUUACCUUCCAUAAAAAGGGGAUUUGUCUAUAUGCAGGUGACAAAUUUGAAAGGAAAGUACGUUGCGAGCAUAACAAUGUCAAACAUAUAUCAUUUUCACCCGGGGAUGAAUACAUUCUUACAUGGGAUGGAACUCCCCACAACCCAGAAAAUGACAAGGCAAUCUGCAUUUGGCAAGUUAUCACGGGCGAUUUGUUACGCAGUUUUCCAACUCCACCGAUUUCCCCUAAGGGUUCCGAAUUCCCACAUUUUCUGUGGAAUUACAAUGGCACUAUGAUUGCCAAAAUGGAGAAAAAUGAUGAAACCUCAUCUUUGUGUGUCUAUUCCCUGCCCAGCAUGACAUUGGUCCCUAAUGCUCAGGGCAAAAAAACUAGAUUGCUUUAUGCUGCUGAGAAGUUUGAUUGGUCUCCAUCUGAUAAUAUAAUUUCCAUUGUUAUACCCGGGACCUUUAAUACACCUGCCCGUUUAGUUCUAGUGGAAAUGCCUUCACGAGUGGAACUUGCUUCAAGAAACAUUUAUAACGUCUGCGGUGCAUCCAUGCACUGGCAGGAACGCGGUGAUUACCUCUGCCUCAAGACAAUCGUGAUGAAGAAGACUGGAAAGAGGGGAAAGAAGCAAUUUAAUCAACUCGAGAUAUUUAAAUUGCGAGAGAAGAACAUACCAGUUGACACUAUCCAAAUUGAGGGGGCUGUGGUCAAGCAAAUGCACUGGGAAAUUGGUGUUUUGGAAGGGAGUAGGAGAUUUGCUUUAAUAGUUAAAGAUGAAGAAACGGGAUCACAUUCCAUUAGGUUCUAUAGGAUCAGGGACACCGGAAGUAUUUCAGAUACAGUUUGGAUAACGACAUUCGAUGUAACAUCGCAUUUGAAUCAUAUGGAGUGGUCGCCUGCAGGCAAUUACUUUGUUUUGGGCUGCCUUGGCGCUGAAGGGACGCUUCUAUUCUGCUUCCUCAAUGACAAUGAUAAGGUGGAAGUUAUACAUAAGGAUGAGCAUUUCAUGGUCAACAGCAUUCGUUGGAGUUCAUGCGGCCGCUACGUUUCCACAUGUGUGUGCGUCCCAAUGCCUUCACUUGGAGGCCCCGCUUCCACUGCCACCUUCAGGUUUAGUGCUGAAGCCGGGUAUUGUAUUUGGGGGUUUCAGGGCAAAUUGAUGUACAAAGUAAAGAAGGAGGGGUUGUAUAGCUUUGAUUUCCGUCCACAUCCACCUUCAUUGUUGCCCAGAGAAGAGAUUGAGAAGAUCAAGAAAAAUAUAAAAACAUAUUCUAAGCGAUAUGAUGCGAUAGACGAACAGGCCAGGACCGAACAGAAGAACGCAUGUCGUGCCAAACGCCAGGCGAACAUUGAUUCAUUUAAACAAAUCAUCAAUUCACUCCUAGAGUGGCACGCACAGGAUGUACUGUACCAGGAAUACGAAAAUGCUUGGGUUUCAUUUGACGCGCAGUUCCAAUGGGAAGACUCCGAAUAUGUCAUACAACAGGUUUUGGAUACCCGAGAAGAAUUUGUCUCUUGA